UAUUUAAAUAGCUCACGGCUGUUUGUAAGUAAGAUUUAUUUUUAAGUUUGUUUGCGACGCACCAGUGUGAAGGCUCAGUCGUUGCUAAAUCACAAAGGCAGGGUGGGCAUCUACAAGACCGACUGAAGGUUAGUUUCAACUCAGAACUGUGACUGAAAGGCUAACAGGACAGACAGCCCGACCCUGCUGCUAUAUCACUAUUAUCCACAGGCUGUUCAGCACGACACGGUCGGGUGAGGGGCUCAUACGCAUAAAACCACACAUGCACGCAAACACUCAUUAUCAUGACUUACCAGUGAAUAUAUUGUCGCGAUCUGUACUGGGUGUUAUGUGCUGUAUCGUUUUGUGUCCCUGUGCUUGUGAGCGAGUGCAGCUGUGGCUUGGGGGCGAUCGUCAUCGAGUCAUGACCCCCGUGUGCUCUUUGUUCCUGCGUGUAGUGUUUGUGCCUCGUUCGAUUUGUGGGAUCCAAUAACGAGCAUUGUUGUGUCUGCAUUGAAUGUCUUGUUAUGUCUAAAGAUUACAUGAUUUCACGUUGCUUUUAUGUAAAGGGUUGUUGUGUGCGGACGCUUGCGAAAUAAAGUCUGCUGUUUAGCGAACGAUCUGCAUAUUGUAACGUUUUUACACAACGUUACAAUAUGUUCUGGAAACUGGAAAAAUACAUUUACAGUUUUUUUUUUUGUUUGUUUUGUUUUACAAUGCAGCCGUGCCAAUAUAACAUUACUGUAAUUCAUUUUAGAGGUUUAAGAAUUGCACCAGUGCAGUGCAUUUCAAAUAAUUGCAUCUGCCUGUUGAUCUUAAAAACAAGUUUAGCAGAUUGCUUGUGAAAGUGCCCGUGCAGUACAUUUAUAUAAACAUAUUGAACAUUGCACCAGCCUAGUUGUGUGGGUUUACAUUAUAGAAAUAGUAACUCGGGCAUGCACAGUAAAAUAAAUCCCACCCCCGGGUGGUUUUGGCAACGCAUGCAGCUGUUUGCAGCUUGUGUUUUUAGUCUAGCUCUUAUGUGCAUGUGUAAAAACAUUGUACUGAUGUGCAUGCAAAGUGCAUGCCGGGAAUCCGAACCAGCAAGGGACCGGCAGAGCGCACGAGAGCAGGAGUGAGCUCGCUCUCCCGAAAUGGCGUCGUUAUGAACGCAGCUAGUAAACAGAAUCCUAUGUGAAGAUGAUGGAAUCUGCCCAGAUUAAAGACGAGUUCCCUGAGCUUGAACUUGUACCCAUUAGAGAGUUUAUUGCCUCCCUCCCCAUUAAAAAGGAGCUCUGUGAGAUGCAGUGUGACGGCAGCCAGUUAGAGGUCUCUGAGAUUAAAGCUGAGCACAAUGAAUUGGUGAUCCCCCAGACAGAAGAACCCCUUCCUGUGAAAGAAGAGGAGGUGCUGGAAACUGUCUGUAUUAAACAGGAGCCCCCAGAAGUAGAGUUUGAUCUCCUGGAACCAGGGAAGGAUGAAUCGGAGGACUUAAAACCAAACAUCCCAGAGCUGGAGCCUGUACGCCUGCGGGAGUGUAGCGUGGUGCUGGAGAGAAUCUGCCUGAGAGAGCCAGGUGCAUCAUAUUCAGAAUGCAGACUAGCAGGUGUCAGUCCAGCAGCUGAAGCGAGGAUGGGCGGUGGAGAAUAUCCUGAGAUUGGGAAAAGUUUCACCCGGUUCGGGUGUUUUAAGACACACCAGCGAAUUCACAAAGGAGAGAAACGAUAUCACUGCGCUGACUGUGGGAAGAGUUUCGCUCAGUCAGGUAACCUUGUAAUACACCAGCGAAUUCACACAGGAGAGAAACCGUAUCGCUGCUCUGACUGUGGGAAGAGUUUCAGUCACUCAAGCAGCCUUGUUUUACACAAGCGACGCCACACAGGAGAGAAACCGUAUCACUGCUCUGACUGUGGGAAGAGUUUCAGUCACUCAAGCAGCCUUGUUUUACACAAGCAAUGUCACACAGGAAAGAAACCGUAUCUCUGCUCUGACUGUGGGAAAUGUUUCAAUAAUUCAAGAAACCUGAAAACACACCAACGAAUUCACUCGGGAGAGAAACCGUAUCACUGCUCUGACUGUGGGAAGAGUUUCCGUCACUCAUACAGCCUUGCUUUACACAAGCAAUGUCACACAGGAGAGAAACCGUAUCUCUGCUCUGACUGUGGGAAAUGUUUCGAUAAUUCAAGAAACCUGAAAACACACCAACGAAUUCACACAGGAGAGAAACCGUAUCAGUGCUCUGACUGUGGGAAGAGUUUCAGUCACUCAAGCAGUCUUAAAACACACCAACGAAUUCACACAGGAGAGAAACCGUAUCACUGCUCUGACUGUGGGAUUAAUUUCAGGCAAUCAAGCAGCCUUGUUUUACACCAGCGAAUUCACACAGGAGAAAAACCAUAUCGCUGCUCUGACUGUGGGAAGACUUUCACUGUGUUAGGAAACCUGAAAAUACACCAACGAAUUCACUCAGAAGAGAAACCGUAUUGCUGCUCUGACUGUGGGAAGAGUUUCACUCAGUUAGGAAACCUCAAAAUACACCAGCGAAUUCACACAGGAGAGAAACCCUAUCGCUGCUCUGACUGUGGGAAGAGUUUCACUUUGUUAGGAAACCUGAACACACACCAACAAAUUCAUACAGGAGAGAAACCGUAUUGCUGCUCUGACUGUGGGAAGAGUUUCACUCAAUUAGGAAACCUGAACACACACCAGCAAAUCCACAUAGGAGUGAAACCGUAUUGCUGCUCUGAGUGUGAGAAGAGUUUCAAACACUCAAGCAGCCUUGUUUUACACCAACGAAUUCACACAGGAGAGAAACCAUAUCACUGCUCUGACUGUGGGAAGAGUUUCACUUGGUUAGGAAAUCUGAACACACAUCAACGAAUUCACACAGGAGAGAAACCACAUCGCUGUUCUGACUGUGGGAAGAGUUUCAGUCACUCAGGCAACCUUGUAAUGCACCAGCGAAUUCACACAGGAGAGAAACCGUAUCGCUGCUCUGACUGUGGGAAGUGUUUCAGUCACUCAGGCAGCCUUAAAACACACCAGAGAAUUCACACAGGAGAGAAACCAUAUUGCUGCUCUGACUGUGGGAAGAGUUUCAAGGAUUCAGGAAACCUGAAAACACACCAGAGAAUUCACAGAGAACCUGUACUCCGUGAAAUCUCUUCUGAUCGUCCUCCUGAAAUUGUAUCCUAGUACAUGG